UGUGGGCACAAGGACCACUGAAUGCGUAUGACCCUACUCGCUACACUGGGGGAAGCUCCAGUGGCCCCGCCACAGGAGUAGCAUUAGGCCUUUUCCCAUUUGCCAUUGGAUUCGAUGGAGGUGGAUCAAUUCGCGACCCGUCCUCAUGGUCUGGCGUCGUUGGAACCGUGGCAACAUUCGGCGCGGUCCGAUACGAGAAUGCUGAAACUGAAAUUUUUACGACACUUCACUGCGGCCCAAUUACGACAAACGUCGCUGAUGCAGCCAUCGUCUUGGAAGUCAUGGCCAACACUAAGAAUAAGGUGAGUCGAUAA